AUGAUAAAGUUCUACCAGCACAACCUAGCACUGGCAUUUGCUGUCAAUGAGAUCAAUGCGAAUCCCCAGAUCUUGCCAAAUGUCACCCUUGGAUUCCACAUCUAUGAUAGCUACUUUGAUAUGAAAACGACCUACCAUACAACUCUCGGUCUGCUCUUCAAAUCACAGAAGUUUGUUCCCAACUACAAAUGUGAUUCACAGAAAAAUCUCUUAGCCAUCAUUGGGGGACUUGAUUCUCAGACCUCCUUCCAUAUGGCAGAAAUCUUAGGACUCUACAAAAUUCCACAGGUCGAUGACAUGUGCACUGGAGAGGAGAGACUGGAGAAUCUUCCGGGGGCUAUUUUUGAAAUGCACAUGACCGGUCACAGCUACAGUGUCUAUAAUGCUGUCUAUGCCAUAGCAUAUGCUUUGAAAGCCAUGGCUUCAUCUAACUCUAUGGAUGGCAAAUGUGUUCAACUCCAACAUCGCCAGCCUUGGCAGGGGCCUCCCCUUUCUGUGUGCAAUGAUUACUGCCGCCCUGGUUCUCAGAAGAAAAUGAAGGAGGGGGAGAAAUUUUGCUGUUAUAAUUGUGCUCCUUGUCCAGAGGGGAAGAUUUCAAGCCAGAAGGACAUGCUCGACUGUGUAAAAUGCCAAGAAAACCAAUAUCCAAACAAGGACCAAACAGGAUGCAUCUGCAAAGUUACAACUUUCUUGUCAUUUGAAGAACCUUUGGGGAUCAGUUUGACUGUAUUAGCUGCAUUUUUCCCCAUGAUCACUUUUUUAGUAUUAAGUACUUUCAUUAAGCAUAGAGACACACCCAUUGUCAAAGCCAACAACCGACACAUCACCUACAUUCUCCUGGUUUCCCUCCUUCUCUGCUUUCUCUGUUCUUUGCUGUUCCUUGGAGAACCAAACAACUGGACUUGCUCAAUCCGACAAACUGCUUUUGGCAUCAUCUUCACUGUAGCAGUUUCUUGUGUAUUGGCCAAAACCACUACUGUGGUUGUCGCUUUCAUGGCCACCAAACCAGGGUCCAGCAUGAGGAAGUGGGUGGGGAAAAAGCUGGCCAACUCAAUUCUUCUUUCUUGUUCUCUCAUUCAAGCUGCCGUUUGUACGGUGUGGCUAGGAACCUCUCCCCCUUUCCCUGAUUUAGACAUGCAAUUCCUGAAUAGAGAGAUUAUAGCAGAAUGUAAUGAAGGGUCCAUGGUCAUGUUUUACAUUGUUCUAGGCUACUUGGGACUUCUGUCUCUCAUCAGCUUGACUGUGGCUUUCCUAGCCAGGAAGCUGCCAGACAGUUUCAACGAAGCCAAGUUCAUCACCUUCAGCAUGCUGAUCUUUUGCAGUGUUUGGUUAUCUUUUAUUCCAACCUACCUGAGCACCAAAGGGAAGUACAUGGUAGCUGUGGAGAUCUUCUCUAUCUUGGCCUCUAGUGCAGGGUUGCUGGCUUGUAUCUUUUCCCCCAAAUGUUACCUUAUAUUGCUGAUGCCUGAGCUGAAUAGCAGAGAGCAGCUAAUUAGGAGAAAGAAUUAA